AGAUAAUCCUUCUUGGCCAGGAUAUUUUUAAGGGAUGAACUUCUUUUAUUUGAUUCGAUAGUUUCUUUCAUACCCCUCUGUCGAGAUGUCCUCUCUCGCCGCGCAAUUGUCGCAGAUUGCGGCAAAAUCAACGAACGAACUCGAUCUUAAAGCGCAGAGAAUAUCUCAUUCACAAUCCUUGAUUUUCGAUAGAAAGGUUGCUGGAUCACAAGACUUUGAUACUAUCUAUCAAAUAUGCUACGAGGGCUUUCAAGAGCUAUGUCUCUUGGACAGGAGAUUUGCCAAAUUCGAGCGUACGAUUUUCAGCGAGCAAAGCAAGAAUGAGGAUCGAACACAAAUGACGGCUGCCCAGAACGAAGAACUAGACGCAGUUCUUGAGUCUUUCCUUGCUCUGGUUGGAGGGAGACUACUGCUGGCUCCUGCAGUUAAGGCAGUCGAUUGGCUUGUGAGGCGUUUUCGGGUGCAUGAAUACAACGCCUCAUGUGUUAUUCUCACAUUUCUCCCGUAUCAUACGACUCCACUAUUCUUGAAUUUGAUGUCCAUUCUUCCAGACGACCUUACGUCGACUUUCAAAGUGCUUAAUCCGUACAAGCGGAGCGAGAUCAAUCCUCCUCGACACCCCAUUCUCCACAGUGCGAUAACAAACAAGCAUUUCUUCUCGGCAUUGAACAGCUACGUUUUUAAAGUGAGCAGGCAGCAGGCGCAUCACCAUGCACUGCUGGCGUUCUGGGCGGGGAUCAUGACGGAGGCUGUGGCUUCAAUGUUGGAUUCAGCACGCUCUGGGCGGAAAGAGAUCGAAAAGCAAAAGCACGAAGAUAUAUUGUUGCGAGUUCUUCCCGUUCUGAACGAUGUAUUCUCUAUGAAGAAGGUUUCAGAGUUGGUUAUUGGUGGAUACAUGGUUUCUGUGGUUCUCGCGCAGAAGGUUGCUCUUGAAGAUAAGGUGUUGAACGGUCUUAUGGAAGCUGUUGCAGGAUCCUGGACUGAGGAAACAAUUACCUCUGGUCUCAUAUGUCUAUCUGUUCUCGCAGAGCACAAAUCCGACGUCAAGCUGCCAAAGAGAGUUUUUAUGGCCAUUCUCCGGUUGGAAGAUCCGAUCAAACUGUUAUCCGACAUUGCAAUGCAGUACCACGCAUCUCCUCUACUGCUCGGGGUUGUCGCUGGAUGUGUGGAGGAAUUAAACAAACAGGACACCGUGCGACUUGACUUACUAUCCGCCAUAUUACAGAGCAAAUUGCUGGGUGAAUCGGACACGGGCAAAGGCAUGGCCAUGAUCCUCCAUGGAGUCAGUGAUGCCCAUAAGAACGGCAUAUUGUCACUGGAUGCCCAAACGUAUCUGGCAGACCUUGUUCAGCAGUUCAACCGCUCCGAUUACCUCCAGCCCAUCUUCCAGAAGACUCUGGCAGAAUCCCCCUUUGAUGCUGCUUCUUUGGAACACAACCUUCAAACGAUUAUCGAAGCUUUGCCUGAACCUCCUGCAGAAGAAGACGUAGAAAUGAAGGACACAACCUCUAAUCGUGAAGAAGAACAGGAUGUUUUCACUCCAGCACUGGAAUCCUUGGCUGCUGAAAGUCUAUAUGAUUCCUCCUUCCUUGAAGAACAGUCUAUUCCCCUAUUUGACAAGCUUGUUCAGGCCUUUGCCUUGGCUAUUGGCUCGGAGAAUAGAAUCAAUUCCUUCGUCAACCUUCCAAUUCUCGGGAAGGCUGUGGCUGCUGAAAACCCCGCAUUCCUGUCCUUCUUUGUUAGGGUCUUUUCGGGACCAUACCCUGUCAGCGUGAGAGCCCAGGCACUCAACGUCAUCUCCUUCUUGCUUUCCUCGGGCCCAUCUGUCAAUCCCGAUCUCCAGGCUAUGCUACCUUUCCUGCUUGUUAGUCUUGCGGAUGCCUCAGGUAGGAUUCGCCGGGAGGCUGCUGGGCUUUUGACCAUUCUCGGCAAUCUCUAUAAGAAAAACAAAAAGGAGGAGGGCCAGUCAGGGAACGCUAAGGCCUCCCAAAUCUUGUACGGGCAAGGCAAAAUAUCAAACAACAUAUCGUGGCUCUCCAUCCGUGAUGCUCACAAGAUCCUAGAGCGAGCCCUGCUUCCCGAUCUGGAAGAGUACGUCCUGGACUCAGCCCAUGUUGGUAAAGUCCUAGUGAGAACCCUGCGAGGAUCUGCUGCCCCUGAAGGCUCGAGCGCAAGUGAACUGAAGAAAUCUCUUCGGCUGAGCUUCUUCACAUUUCUCUGCUCCCAUGCUGUCCAAUUGCCGCCAUUUGCCUUUAGAUUUGGUUUAUUAAAACUUCUCAACAACGUUGACAAGGCCGGUGGUUCCACUCGUACGAAGGAACUUCAACCUGUCCUAGAAAAGUGGCGCGGCUUAGAUGACAAGGAAAUUCAAGUAAUAUGUGAGAAGGAACACAUUUCUCCCUCUGAUGCUGAGCAGCAAAUUGCGGGAAUUGUCACGCCUAAGGAUAAGGAUGCUGUCUCAAUUAUCUUUUCUAGUAUCAAAUCUGGCGACUCUGGUUCCUUGAGACCGUCAUUCAUAACGGCAAUUCUUGGCCGCUUGAAAGACAUCUGGGCUAAGAUUCCAGAAGAUCGACAGCACCUGGCUGCGGAUAAGUUGCUGGAGAUAUCUCUUGGUCCAUCUACAGGUGAUUCGUCACUGGCUGACAAUUGCAAAGAGGUUCUCCGUGCUGUUGAGCUUCCUGGAAGUGUUCUCGUUCAUUUCCUGCGAGAGAUUCCGGCAUCCCUUACCGAUGUUGACAAUCUUGGGCCGGCACCCAAGCGACGCCGCACCAGCCAGACUAACAUGGUCGCUAUGACCGUCAAAGAUGAUGCGGAGUUCAGGAAACUUAUGGAGAAGAUGACUUUCAUCCUGGAGCUUGUGGAUAGCUCUACGCCGGAAGCUCAUCCAGAAUUGGCUGACGGGUUAUUCCAAACCCUUGCAGCCCUUCAUCACUUUAAGACCCAAAUUCAUUCUGGGAUGAGUUACCUACUUAGCUUGACCCUGGGCAGUCUUCUAGCCAUUGUUAACAGAUCUAAGGGGGUUUCAAAACCUCAGUUUGAUACGUCAGUUAUCCGGGCUGAUUUGGUUGUGGACUGCGUUCGAACAACAGGGAGCCCGCAAGUACAGAACGUGGCUCUUCUUCUUGUCGCAGGACUCUCCGUUAUUGCGCCGGAGUUAGUUCUCCAUAGCGUGAUGCCCAUCUUCACAUUCAUGGGCACCAGUGUACUCCGGAAAGACGACGAGUACUCCGUUUCAGUAAUUGACCAGACGAUAGACCAAGUUGUUCCAGCUCUCAUCCAGUCAUUACGGAAUCAGAAGCGUGAUGUUGUCUCUGGAACUUCGGAGCUGCUUCUGAGUUUCACCGCUGCAUUCGAGCAUAUUCCUUCUCAUCGCCGCCUGCGACUCUUCCACGCUUUAAUAACGAAGCUCGGAACACAGGAUUUCCUGUUUGCCGUAAUAGCGAUGCUCGCGAACAGGUAUGCGAUGGACAAGGAUGUUUUGACCUUGAUGAUCGGUUUGGUGUCGGAUGCCAGUGCCGUUGUCGAACUCAUUACGUAUAGCAAGUAUUUGAACCUAGUCAGCGAUUCGCUUAAUCCGAAGCCCGGCAUUUCACAAGUUCUACUUGGAAUUGGAGGCGGCGAGGGACGCGAACCUCAGAAGGUCGCUGUUGACUUGCUGCGAGUUUCGGGACACCUUUUUAAGCACUCCUCACUCAAGGUAAAGAUGGCAAGGACUUUCGCUUCGGGAGAUACCGAGGCAUCAGAUCAAAUCCGCGUCUUUUUCUCGCGCAUUUUGGAACAGAUUUUGCGCAUUGGCGACAUCACACAGGACAUGAAGCCUGUCAAUCAAGCUUGUGGCGAUGUUCUUAGCGCCUUAUUUGGCACCUUGUCUCUUGUUGACUUCCUUGAUACUAUCGAAAUUCUGCUUCAACGACCAAAUGAUGACCUUCGGCGCAAGGUCCUUCGGCUGUUGGAGAACCGACUGCGUCUCAAUCCUGAGCGGGAUAGUGAGUCGCAGAAUCGGGUUCUGGACUUCUUGCCCAUUUUGGUGCGCAUCGUCGAAUCAUCACCAGAUAUUCUGCUCAAGCACGCUGCCGUUGCCUGUAUCGAUCGCAUUGCCGACAAGUAUGGCAGAAAAGAUCCUUCAAAGGUUAUGGAUGCUGCCAAGGUCGUUGCUAGUGAAUCCUGCAUUGGCUUGGAGGAUGGUCGUAUCCGCAUAAUGGGUGUGCUGUGUCUCGCAUCGCUGGCCGAAGUACUCGGACAGGCUAUGAUCCCUGCACUCCCUGAAACUCUCAAACGGUCUCUGAACUUGUUGGAGCUAAGUCUCGAGGAGGGUAAGGAGAACUCAAGACUGCAUGAUGCUGUGUUCUCCUUAUUCUCUGCCCUCUUCAUCAAUCUUCCCUUUAUGGUCUCGGGGGCUCAUUUGGACAAGAUUCUCAUCCUAUCGUUCAAAUCUGCCAACUCCGACCUUGAUGAGAGCAGUGACGAUAGUCGCCAGGAAACGUUGAGAUUGAUGGCCAGGAAGCUCGAUGUUGGUACGACAUUCGCUACCAUUGACCGCAACUGGCAGCAUGCUACGCAGGCGGGCCCAAUAGCCACGAAAGAAGCGCUUGAAGUUGUCCGUCUUGCAAUCGAAAAGCAUCCAAAGUCUGCCACUAUCAAGAACGUUGGAGUCUUGUCAAAUGUUCUUUUCAAGGCGUUCGAUUUGCGACGGGAGCAAGUCGUUCUUGGAUCCGAAGCGGUUUUUGAUGCACCUGACCUCGAAGAGAUAGAGGAGACGGUCAAUCAGGUCGCCAUAAAUAUGAUAUAUAAGCUGAACGACACGACGUUCCGUCCGAUUUUCGUCAAGUUCGUUGAAUGGGCUACGACGGGCUUGCCGACGAAAGAUGUUCAAGGCAGAAUGUCGCGCCUCACGACAUUAUACAAAUUCCUGCAGGUUUUCUUUGGCACUCUCAAGUCCAUCGUUACCGGAUAUGCAAGCUACAUCAUCGAGAAUGUCGUCGAAGUCCUUGCCAAAGCUAACCCAACCGACAAAACCACUAAAACGCUCUGGUUGGCGACAAUGCGCAUGCUCCGCAGUGCGUUUGAACAUGACCAAGAUGAAUUCUGGCAAUCCCCCUCCCACCUCACACAGAUUUCGAGUCCUCUAAUUUCCCAAAUCGCCCACGCAACCAACUCCUCCACCGCAUCUAUCGUCAUUUCCGAGGCCAUCCCGGCUAUUACGGAACUUGCCGUUGCGGCAGACUCCACGGACAAUCACAAAGAGCUCAAUUCGGCGCUGAUGAAAUUCCUCCGGCCCUCGUCAGGACCCAUUUUCACCUCAGUGGCGGGAGGUGAGAACCCACAUACUCGCUUCGCGGCUUUGAAGGCCGAGCAGGCCCUCACGGAGCAGCUUGGUGAGGAAUGGCUUGCUCUUCUCCCGGAGAUGCUCCCGUAUAUCAGCGAGUUGAUGGAGGAUGAGGAUGAGAAUGUCGAGCGGGAGGUAAGGAGGUGGGUAAAGCAGAUUGAGGAUGUUCUCGGGGAGAGACUGGAUGAUAUGUUGACAUAG